CCCUCUCCGUACAUAGAUAUAGAGUAGUGUUGGCUGACGUUCUCUCAAUCACACAUACUCAUAUUUCAUCAAAUCAUUUCAAGGUACCUGUUACUAAUAUUCAUACUCUCUGCUUUGCAUUCACGUUUCAUAACACGAGUUAGUCCGAAACAAUGUCUAACACAUACAGCUUCGCUGCAGCAAGUGCUGCUGGCCAGAUCACCGGCCGUAGGGUCUUUUCAGUAUCGAGUCCUAGAGAACACCAUGUGGGCCAAAUUUUUGACUUUUCCAGGCCCGAUAAUUUGAGUCGAGCUUUCGCCAUCGAAAGCCUCCAGUAUUACCGCUCGGGUAUCGUAGAACGGGAGGCUAUAUAUAGGUCGUUGUCUGAUUGUGUUCUGACAUUCAGUGAAGAAUUUAAAGAGGUUGUUUCACUUUGUGUUGGCAAACCAGAUGGUGUGUUUUCUUAUGACCGUCAGUUUAAACUACCCGAUAAUGUCGAUGCCGUUCGUCGAGUAGUCGCCAAGAAUAUCAACCUGGACGGUAGCCUCCGCAGCUACAAACCCAUUUUUAACAGGAUAAGGAAAUCGAUGUACUCUUUUUGGGUUGUGCCGGUAGAUGGCAUUUGGGUUCUGAUCGUUAUGCACCUCACGAACUACGAUGAACGAAACGAUACGAGCCGCAAAAUGAGCGUAUCCAGGGUCGACGGGCAGUCAAUCACUGCUAGAUUUAUAAGGAUUUAUGAUGUCGUCGACGAAGGCAGACUCGAGAGGCGUCAGAGAAUAGAAGAAAGACUCCCGAUCGUACUCAAAGAAGGAGACAUUGACAUCCUAGAAAUCCACGGAAAAUACCCGUCAUUUGCGUCGGUGGAAGGGCUUCCCACCUUGCAUGACCGCAGCCAUGAAUCAGGUCUUCUCAUUCACAUGCUCGCCGAGCAUUUGUUUGAAAGGCUUGAAAUGGUUGUCCAAAGGGUGAAGAACCCUUAUCUUGGAACGAUCAGGCAAAGGCUCCAUAACCGUUAUGAGAAGCACUUCUGGGCGCCCAUCCGUCUGCCCGCGAACCCAGGCGCAUUAUACAGGGCUCGAGGUCGAAUGGUUGGGAAUAUCAUGACUGGCAUGAGUGUUACGAACCAAUGGCAAGCAACAGCGGCUAUUGAGUUGCCUGAUUGCGACAUACGUAUGAGUUGCGGUUUAGCAUCAGCCUUGCAAAGUCUUGCCAUAGCUGACGACGUGCAGGGUGACGGGAACGAAAGCCCGAUAUGAUUCUUGGCCGAAAUAACAAGGUUGAAUAUCUGUUGGGUGUAUGUAUAGUUGACAGUUAAUUAGAUGAGCGGCCUGGUAUAUAGGUAGCUUAGGUUAAGUAUGUGUUUUAUUAAUUCUGGUAUAGGGGUCUAGCGUUACUCGUAUUUAUUUAUGUAAUUUAUUAAAUAUUCUUAUAUUUAAUAUGGAAAGCGUGCGAAUGAUUUUGACAAAGACGUUUGUUUCGAAGAAGUGAUACUUACCUCGCAGUCUUUUCUAACUAAAC